GAUACAAUUCAAGAACAGCCCAUCAGGGAACAACAAGCAUCAAAACCUCACAUCAAGACUAAGCUGAUGAGGCAACGCUAACUCCUUCUUCAUAACAAAGAAGAAAAGUUCUCCAGUGACAUCCACUUCCAGCCAACAGAACCAACCAUGCCUCCUCAGCUGCAGUCCCAGAACAAGACAGGCGUCCGGGUUGUCCAGGGGGACCUGGGGGCACUGAGCCCGGCCGUCAGGGAGUUUGUGGAGACUAACAUCAACCUGUGUCAGCCCGAAUCACUGCACAUCUGUGACGGCUCUGAAGAGGAGAGCCACACCAUCCUGGCCAAACUGGAGGAGCAGGGCAUGAUCAAGAAGCUGACCAAAUAUGAGAACUGCUGGCUGGCCCGGACAGACCCCAGAGACGUGGCCCGCGUGGAGAGCAAGACGGUCAUCGUGACCCAGGAGCAGAGGGACACGGUUCCGUCUCCACGAGUAGGUGGCAUCAGCCAGCUUGGGCGCUGGAUGUCUCAGGAGGAGUUGGACAAGGCUAUGGACCUGCGCUUCCCAGGCUGUAUGAAAGGUUGUACUAUGUACGUGAUCCCCUACAGCAUGGGGCCUGUGGGCUCGCCCCUGUCUAAGAUCGGAGUAGAGCUGACUGACUCACCUUAUGUGGUGGCCAGUAUGAGGGUGAUGACCCGCAUGGGCAAGGCUGUGCUGACCGCAUUGGGAAACAGAGACUUUGUGCGCUGCCUUCACUCUGUGGGCUGCCCCCUGCCACUCAAAAAACCCCUGGUCAAUAACUGGCCGUGCAACCCCGAGCUCACCCUGAUCGCCCACAUUCCUGACCGUAGAACAAUUGUGUCCUUUGGCAGUGGCUACGGAGGGAACUCCCUGUUGGGAAAGAAAUGCUUUGCACUCCGCAUUGCCUCCCGCAUCGCCAUGGAGGAGGGCUGGCUGGCCGAACACAUGCUGAUCCUGGGCAUUACUAACCCUGCUGGUCAAAAGAAGUAUAUUGCAGCUGCGUUCCCCAGUGCCUGUGGCAAAACCAACCUGGCCAUGCUCAGUCCCACACUCCCCGGCUGGAAGGUGGAGUGUGUUGGGGACGACAUCGCCUGGAUGAAGUUCGACGACGAAGGCAACCUGAAAGCCAUUAACCCAGAGAACGGCUUCUUUGGCGUGGCACCUGGAACCUCAGCAAAGACCAACCCCAACGCAAUGGAAACCAUUUGCAAGAACACCGUCUUCACCAAUGUGGCCGAGACUAGCGAUGGUGGUGUCUACUGGGAGGGCAUGGACCAGGAACUCCCUGAGGGAGUCACGGUGACCUCCUGGAAGAACAACCCCUGGACAUCCCAGGAUGGAGAGCCCUGCGCACAUCCCAACUCCCGCUUCUGCACUCCAGCUAGUCAGUGUCCCAUCAUUGACCCCCAGUGGGAGUCCCCUGAAGGCGUCCCAAUUGAGGCAAUCAUCUUUGGGGGGCGUAGACCUGAAGGUGUCCCCCUGGUUUAUGAGGCCUUUAGCUGGCAACACGGCGUGUUUGUCGGAGCUGCCAUGAGAUCAGAAGCCACAGCUGCCGCAGAGCAUCAAGGCAAGUUGAUCAUGAAUGAUCCCUUCGCCAUGCGGCCCUUCUUCGGCUACAACUUUGGCCGUUACCUGUCCCACUGGCUGAGCAUGGCCGGGCGGCCCAACGCCAAGCUGCCGAAGAUCUUUCAUGUCAACUGGUUUCGCAAGAGCCAGUCCGGCAGCUUCCUGUGGCCUGGCUUCGGGGACAACAUCCGCGUGCUGGAGUGGAUGUUCCGCAGGUUGGAUGGAGAAGCCGGAGCCAUGCCCUCCGCCGUGGGCUACCUGCCCUGCAAGGGCUCCCUGAACCUGGAGGGCCUGGGGGAGAACCAGGUGAACCUGGAGGAGCUGUUUAGUCUGUCUAAGGACUUCUGGCAAAAGGAGGUGGAGGAUAUCAGGGCCUACUUUGACAUCCAGGUCAAUGACGAUCUUCCCAAUGAGGUGGCCAAGCAGCUAGAGUGUCUUGAGCAGAGGGUGAGGCAGAUGUAGGGAGAGAUAGAGACGGAGAGAGAGAAAGUGAAAUGUGUCACUUCUGAGCCCAAAAGCCCUUAGACCUCCACAGACUAGAGAUCAUUCUAGAAUAUUUAACUGAGCUAGUUAGCUAUUUUCAAAAGACACUUUAGAAACCUGCUGUGAGGAGAACUUUAAUUUUCCUCAAAGUUGUUUUCUAAUUCUCUUGUAAAACAGAAAUCCUCCACUGUUACAUUAGCAUAUUUUCCUAGUUAAAAUAGAGGUGAAUUACACUUGAAUAAGAGUAGCGAUGAAUUUAAGAAUAUCUGGGAACAGUCUUUGUAGUCCUAAUUGAUCAGUUGCUCAUCUCUGUUUUCAAAGCAUAUGAUGCAGUCCAAACAACUGAUGUCUGUGUUAUUUAACAAUAACUUAUUAACGCACAAUAUCCAAAGCCAUAUGUUUAUAUGGUAAUUCCAUGUUGGUACAGUGGGUUAAAGGUGAACAUUGCUGUACCAUGGAUCCAACCACCUACAUGUAUUUCACCCCUACACAUCUCAAAUGUGUGUAGGUCUUCACUGUUUCUGUUUUGUUAUGUCCUAAUUUAUUUUUGCACUCUAUCGUAUUGCCUUGUUGUUCAUUUGUUGUAAUCUGAAAUGUCAAAAGGAAGACAACAAUAAACUUUAUUUAAACUUUAAAUCCA